AUGGCGAAAAGCCGACGUCCGCAUGAUGUCUCGCCGACCUCCCGCCUCCCGGAGAACCAGGCCGAGUGGGACAUCCGCCAGGUCCUGCCCCAGGACGCACCGCCCUGGUACAAGCAGCGUCACCUGCUCAUUCUCAACCUGCUCAUCAUCAUCCCCUACUUCUCGUCCACCACCAACGGCUACGACGGCUCCAUGCUCAACGGCCUGCAGUCCAUGGACCAGUGGCAGAACUUCUUCGGCACGCCUACCGGCUCGCGUCUCGGCUCCCUGUCCAACGGCGUCGUCUUUGGCCAGAUCCUCGCGUUCCCCAUUGCCCCCUGGCUCUGCGACCACACCGGCCGUCGGUUCCCCAUCUUCAUCGGCUCGCUGCUGCUCGUCCUGGGCGCCGCCCUGCAGUGCGCGGCGCAGAACUACGGCAUGUUCCUGGCGUCCCGCAUGAUUAUCGGCUUUGGCGGCCUCAUUGCCGUCGAGGCGUCGCCCAUGUUCAUUGCCGAGCUGGCGUACCCGACGCACCGCGCCGUCCUGACGGGCUACUACAACAACCUGUGGUACCUGGGCUCGCUGCUGGCCGCCUGGGUCACGUACGGCACCUACUUUAUGGGCCCCGGCCAGUCGUGGGCCUGGCGCAUCCCCUCGCUGCUGCAGGGCUUCUUCCCGCUGCUGCAGGUGUUUCUCGUCUACCUCAUGCCCGAGUCGCCGCGGUACUUGGUGCAAAAGGACCGCCACGAGGAGGCCCGCAAGGUGCUCGUCAAGUACCACGCGGGCGGCGACGAGGCCUCGCCGCUCGUGGACUUUGAGAUGAAGGAGAUCAUUGCCCACAUCGAGACGGCCAAGGUCUCGAGCUCCACCAACUACCGCGAGUUCCUCAACGGCAAGGGCAACCGCCACCGUCUCUUCAUCAUCAUCUUCGUGCCGUGCAUGAUGCAGCUCUCAGGAAACGGCUUGACGUCCUAUUACCUGCAUCUCAUCCUCAAUUCCAUCGGCUUGACGUCGGCGCCGCAGCAGUUGCGCAUCAACGGCGGCCUCAACGUCUUCAACUUUGUCAUCAGCGUCAUCCUGGCCUCCUUCAUCGACCUCCUCGGCCGCCGCCGUCUGUUCCUCUUCUCCACCGUCGGCAUGCUCGUCACCUACAUCAUCUGGACCAUCCUGUCUGCCAUCAACCAACAGCAGAACUUUGUCAACGGCAGCCUCGGCACCGGCGUCGUCGCCAUGAUCUUCCUGUACAACGCCGCCUACAACGCCGGCCUCAACGGCGUGCCCUGGGUCUACGUCACCGAGGUCCUGCCCACGCACCUGCGCGCCAAGGGCACCAACAUUAUGCAGAUUGCCGGCACGUGCUGCCUCAUUUUCAACGGCUACGCCAACCCCGUCGCCAUGGAAGCCAUUACCUGGAAGUACUACAUUGUCUACAUUGUCAUCAUCGCUAUUGAGAUUGUCGUUGUCUGGUUCUUCUUCCCCGAGACCAAGGGCCGCACCCUCGAGGAGAUUGCCGUCAUUUUCGACGGUGACGCCGCUUUUGGUGGCCACACGCCCGAUACCAAGGCGCAGAUGGUCGACGAUGGACGGGUGUAA